AUGGGCAAGGACUCGAAGUCGAAGGAGCCUUCGGGAAGCAAGGGCAAAGGGAAGCAACCAUCCGGCGGUGGGGCAGACGACGGCGGUGCUAAGGGAAAAGGGAAGGUUGGAAAGUCUUCGGAUGGUCUUGGCACCUGUACCUAUGUCAAAGGUUGCUCUUUUCCCCACCUCUCCCACCCUCCUCCACCCCCGAGGGAAACCAUUUCCUGCUCGGCCCUAAUACGGAUAUAAGAGCUUCUUGGGUUAUCAUCAGUUGAUCCUGUCGGCAUUUCCCAAAAGCGAGAUUCGUUUGUUCUGGCGGAGGAGAAAAGGAACCUUGCUUUUUUCUCGUUUUUUGUUGACAUCCUUUCAUACUCGAAUUCGAGGAGUUGAUCAUGGAGUGGUAUGCGUCGUACAAACGCGAUGAUCUACUAACAUUUCUGACGCAUGAGAAAAUUAGGAAAGUGAAUUACAGAAAGGGAUGGAGCACGCCUUAUUUGAUAUCCGUCAGGCGGGUGAGGGGGUGAACCAGUUUCUGGAAGCGUAGACAAGUAUGUUCAGAGGCAGCACUCUCUUUCCGAGAAGGAACUAAAGACUUUCAGGGAGUUUGCUCAUGGGAGCCUUUACUGUCACUUAUUUCCCGCAUCAUAGGGCGGGCGUCUGUAUACUAGAGAGAGAAGUGGAACUUAUAGUGGCACUCGAUCGAUGCAUUCUUUAGGAUACCCUCAUUGGGAUUAGGAAAGAAAAUCCCUUUUGGGGUACAGACAGUACCAUUUGACCUUUGAGUAGCCCUUUUUUCUUGUGACUAGGUGAGAAAACAAAAGACCAAGGAAAGAGAGGUUGCUUCAUUAACUAUUUACUGACUUGGAAAUGACGAGAGCCUCCCAGGGCCUAACACAGCACAUCCUCGAGUUUAAUUCUUGGUACCUGAGCUUUCCUAUGAAACAACAUCGGUCUCCCAUGAUUAUCUUUUUUCUUUACAACUUUUAACAUCCAUCCCUCGAGCUUUUAUAACUUCUUGCUUAAAUGUUAAGGGGACAAAUUUUCCAUUCAGAAAUAAAACCCGAACUAUAUCUCGUCACAAAGAUUCUUCUGGGUGCUUCCCAGUCGCUCAUUGUACCUUUGAGUGCGCUCUUUCUGAACAUAAUCCUGUCUUGUUCAUGGUUCGUUGAUCCGCCUACUCAGAAAGGACGGUAAAGUUCGUAAAAGUGGUUGAAAGGAUGCCAUUCCCCCGGAUAAAACCAACAACAACACUGCACAAUGUCUUCCAAACUUCUAUUAAUGACUUUUUAUUUGACUGUCUUCUUGGGGGGAUGAAGAGAAGGUAAACUUGAGCUUAUUACCCUUUUGAAUCUUCGAGGAUGUAUGAAAUUGCCUCACCAGAUUUUAGAUGUCGAUCAUUGAUGACAGUCCUAAGUUUAUACGGUUGUAUAAUUUCCUUAGAAGUCGAAAUUUGGUCAUUCAUGUGUUAUUGUAUGUUUCAUCAUUGCUGGAAAGGAGUUGUUGUGGAGAAGUUACCCACAGUCAUCAUGGUAUAUUUCUCCUCUUUUAGUGUAGGAAAGCCUGUGUACUUCGUAUACGUGUUACUUAGUUUUCAAUCACUAAAUUCCUUUAUCAGACCAUGAGAUACAAUAUCCUUCGUAUACGUGCAGUUCGUCCUCUUUUUUCUGCAUUCAUUUUCAGUGAUGUGUGCUGGACUUCAGUGAAGGCUCCACUUUUUUCUCAUAAACAAUCCGCUCAUGUCAUCCAGCUUACGUUGAGGCUUUUUGGAUGCAGCAAGGCACAUCCUGUGUGAGAAGCAAGGUAAGAUUAAUGAGGCAUACAAAAAGUUACAAGAUGGCUGGCUAAGCAAUGGUGACAAGGUUCCUCCAGCUGAAUUUGCAAAGGUAAUCGUCUUCAAUGAAAUUACUUCUAUCUUAAUCAAGGAAGCCCCUAAUGCUUCUUUUACGUAGCAUGGCUAUUAAAGUUUGGUCUUGUUACCAUCUGACCAAUAGUCAGACGGGCUACUUCUUGCUUCCUUCUUUUUAGGUCCUGAACAGCAGGACUAGUUCUUUUCGUGGAUGCCAGAUCGACCAACGCUUUGAUGCGGUGCAGAAUUCGAGGGACAGAAGAAGCAUGAAAAGGAAUCAGGCCUUUCACAGUUUGGUUACAUGAAGAUGGGUCUACCCUGUGCAGUUAAGAAAAAUUCUCUGCACGCGAAAUGUUCUGGUGUAUUUACAGAGAUGAAACCCCAGUUAGGAAAAUAUAUAGGUAAGCUUGUUACCUCAAAGUAAAAAAGAAUGUAGACAAUGAUCAGAAGGAAAAAAGAGAACUGAAUAGGAAGAACCCUAGUAGUUAGCGUGAGUUAUUGGAUCCAUGUUACUUUAGGUCUGAAUAUUCGAGUUGUUGUCUUUCAUCACUCAGUGAGGGCCUCACUUGUUAUGACCUUUUCUGAAGGGAUUGUAGGCGAGUCAUGCUUCAUGGAGUGUACACUUACUAACUAGGAAUCCUUGUUAGGUGUGUAUGAGGAAGAUGCGUACAGCUUGCUAGUAGGAUCCUUAACAUAUGGACCCCUUGCACCAUUUCAGUUAAAGUGGUAAUCCAAUGAAGACUUUCAAUGCUUCUUUUCUGAUGAGGAAGUAAACACCAUAUACAGUACUUAAUGGAGGAAUUCUUGUAAUUCGAGGAAUUCUUGUGGAAAGAAAGAUUCUUCGUGGGGGGAAAUCUUCGUUCUCGAUUCAAUACAUCGAGAGAUUGCAUUCUGACUAGAGGGAUGUUACAUUGAUGAAGAUUUAAGAGCGCAAACAUGGACAUUCUUUUUCCAUUGGAUGUGAAGGACGAGGGUGGUAAGGGGAGCAACCUGAAGAGAUCCGAGAGAUGUAUGCAACAUGAAGAUGAGAUGUUGGCUGAUAUUGGUGGGUCAGGUAUGGGGAGCGAAUGAGCUUGGUUGUGGGUUUUUGCAGGGAAUGCGGCUGUGUUUGCCGUCGUCCCUUUCGGUAGGUGCUGCAGAUAUCCGAGGCAGGAUUUAGUAUUAGAUGUGUUGAGGAGCAGAUGGUUGCUGUCAAUAGUGAAGAUUCGGCUUGGUCACUGUUGGAGUGGGAAUUUGGAGUGACGUGGAAACUGCCCUCCACUAACCAUGAUAGGAGACUCUCAGGCAGGCUGCCUCUCUUGAGGAGGCCAAAGCUUGCGUCUGAGGUAGUGAAGGCUCUUUCAGGUCAUGAUUCCACAGAGCUUGCCGUCGUUUCCCUCUCCCUUGGUUAAGGGGUGUGUACAUCUGCGCUGAUGCUGCAGGCACUAUAUUUUCCUUGUUUCUACUGUUCGCGGUUAACUGAAGGUGUGGAUCUUGUCUAUCCCCCAGAUCGCAGCGGAGUAUUCGGAGUGCCCUUCCGGGAAGAAGGGUGGAGACCUCGGAUGGUUCCCUCGGGGGAAGAUGGCGGGGCCAUUUCAGGACGUGGCCUUUAGCACCCUCAUCGGAGCGACCAGCGCACCGUUCAAAUCAACGUACGCACCACGCUCUUCUUACUUUCAUCUUCUCCUCUCUCUCUCUCUCUCUCUCUCUCUCUCUCUCUUCCACUGCAUGGAUUUUCUGGCGCUCCAUCCGACUUAACAUUGCAGGCAUGGCUACCACGUGAUUCUGUGCGAGGGUAGGAAGAACUGA